AUGGUGGAUUAUUCCGCAAUUGCAAUCGAGUUGUUUGACUCGGAUUCUGAUGAAGAGACUGAACUGUUCGUUAUUGCAGCAGCGACCGACGUUGUAACGCGAUACGACCGGACGAGGAUCCCGUUAUACUACGAAAAUGUGGUUCCUCGUUACAUGAAUUAUGAGUACAAGCGGAUGUUUCGCUUGUCACUCGACCUCGUGCAACGUAUCUCACAAAUGUUUGAGGCUUCGUCGUACUAUCCCAAGACGCAACGAGGCCGGCCGCGGGUACCUGCCGAGAAGGCAAUGCUUAUGACAUUAUCCUACCUGGGAUUUCAGGACCCCAUCGUAAAGAUUGCUGACAAGUUUAAUACGACUGAGUCGGCAGUCCACACUAGCGUGAUUCGUGUGCUCAACUUUCUGCAGCAUAUUAGCAGCACCGUUAUUGCUUGGCCCGCUGAAGAGCGUCGCGCACUUAUUCAAGAAGGGUUUCAGGAGAAGGUGACGAAGGGUCCUGCGAUACCAAACGUCAUCGGCUGCGUAGAUGGCUCCCACAUUGAAGUCAAAAAGCCCCGUAAGUCACCUGACUCGUACUUCAACCGGAAGAAGUACCAUUCAGUGGUACUACAGGGAAUCUGCGAUCAUCAAAUGAAAUUCUUGGAUGUGUUCGUUGGCUUCCCUGGCUCCGCGCAUGACGCUCGAAUCCUGAGGAACAGCUUUUUUUUCGCAGAUGCUUCCAGGAAGUGUGCUGGUGACUCUGCGUACCCGCUCCUGCCCUGGCUUCUGACUCCAUACAAAAACAUUGGGCAAGCGCUCCCAUCAUGGCAGAAGAAGUACAACUUAGUGCACUCGCAGCAACGAGUAACAAUAGAACAUGCUUUUGGGAUGUUGAAGCAAAGGUUUCGGCGCCUCUACUACGUUGAUGCUGAUAGCAUCCACCAAGUGUGCCUUGUUGUAAUGGGAGCAUGUGUGCUUCAUAACAUGUGCACAGAGGCUGAUGACAUUGAAGACAUUCACAACCUGCCUCAGAAUGAAGAAUCGACGGCCGAAGAACCAGAUCAAGUGGACGAAAUUGCAAGUCAGGUAACGGCGAAGGAAGUGCGCAAACAAAUUGCACGCAGCCUGUAA